GCUGGCCGAGGUGCUACAUGACCACGCUCUAUAAAAGGCAGACCACGACAAGGGUCCUGUUCACGUUUCCUUUGAGCCGGGAUGAAGCUCAUUGCUGUCUUUGGACUUUGGAUCGCUCUGCUCUGUCGGGCACAUAGCAAUUCCCUUGACUCAUGUCAGAACCGCUGUGGCUUUGGAACUGACAGUGAUUUCUCCUGUCAAUGUAAUCCGUCCUGUGAGCGCUUCAGAGACUGCUGUUCAGACUAUGCAGACAUUUGUAAAGCUGGCUCCACAUCUUGUAAAGGUCGAUGCAAUGAGAAAUACAACUCUCAAAACAAGUGCCACUGCAACUCCAAGUGCACGCAGUUCAACAACUGCUGCAUCGACUAUGCAGCUCUGUGCAACGGUGGCGAAAGUGGUGGUGGUUCCGUCAUCACCGAUGCCGAGAUCAAGUCUGUCUCAGAAGCACUUUACGCUCUGGACUCAAACCGGGCUUCGGCCUCACAGUUGGAGAUUGACCCCCAGGUUCUGAUCUCAGGAUCUCAGACCGGCUCCCAGGCAGACCUCUCCUCUCGCCCCUUUUUCCGCUUUCUGGAUGAGGAAGGUCUGUUCUCCAGGCCCACCUAUGCGACUCUCCUGGCUUUGCUGGACAACUACAACAGGAUGACCGGACAAACGGAGGAUGUCAGCUCCCAGGAGAUGGCUGAGCAGGACAUCUUCCUCAGGGAAACCAUGUCCAACACCGAGCUGGGACGAGAACUAUUUGCCUUCUUGUACACCAAGGGUGUCUACACGUCAGAGGAAGAGUUCAUAUACGAUCUGAAGAUGAUGUGGUUUGGCUUGUACUCUCGAAACAAAGGGAAGAUGGAUUCCAGUGGUUUUGAGCACAUUUUUGCAGGUGAGAUCAAGGGCGGGAAGGUGUCAGGCUUCCACAACUGGAUCCAGUUUUACCUUCUUGAGAAAAGAGGGCUCCUGAAUUACUACAGCCACAGCUUCAACGGGCCUUGGACAACCUACCCGGACGUACUGGGAAUGCAGUUCAGGUGGGAUGGCUACUUCAAGCAGGUGGGCUCUGCAGUCAUUGGCUGCAGCCCCGAAUUUGACUUGGCCAUUUACAGCCUGUGUUACAUCACCAGGCCUGGAAAACAAUGUCGUUUGAGUAUGGGUGGAAAGGAGCUGAUCAUCCAAACGUACACAUGGGAUAACUCUUACUAUGGGGAUGGGAAGAAAUAUAUUGGCACUGGUUAUCCCGCAACGCCCAGGACCUGAACAAGCCAUGCAGGAGUCUGCUGUAUGCUACGUUAUGACACUGGUGCACAACAGUACUUUGAAUACAUCACACACUGAUUGACGAGGAAUAUAGAUGGAACACUGUCGUAUGGAAGAUUUAAAAUUUCACAAAUUUGAAAUGAUGUGGUCCCAGAAGUGGCUCACACUUGCAUUUACCAAUACAAACGAGAUUGACAAAAGUAUUGGGAAACCUGCCUAUUACAUUGACAUAAAGAAGAUAUGUCCCCCCCUUUGCAGAUUCAAGAAAGUCUUUCCACAGGUUUUUAAGGUGUGUCUGUGGUACGUCUUGCCCAUUCAUCCAGAAGAACAUUUGUGAGGACAGAGGUCUCUGAUGUUGGCUCCCAAUCUCUGUUCAAGUCCAAGUCAAAGGUGUUUGAUGGGAUUAAAGGUCAAGGCUCUCGGGUUCUUCCACAUCAAACUCAUCUAACCAGACCUUGAUUUCUCUUGCUUUGUACACUGAGUGAGUGGACUGUAAAUGGCCUUCCCAAACUGUUCCCCUACAAUUGUCCAAAAUAAAUUGUGAUUGAUUCAA